UGAAAAAAAGACAACAAAAAAACACCACGCCACCCCGUCCUGCCUUCCGUCGGCUCUCUUCUAACCGCUGUUACUACACGGUCACAUUUAACAGCAGGACCAGCGCAGCUAUGGCUAAAACUGAUGGAUGCGAUUACUUUAAAAGAACCACCCUGUUUUGGAUCGUCUUUGUGAUACUGGGGAUGGGAUAUUUCACUUGCAUCGUGUUUGCGCCGGAGAAAAUCCCAUUUCAGCACCUCGGCCCCUUUGGCAGCUUCUGCAGACACCUUGUGGAUAACUAUUCCAGCAUUAUGUACAAAGGAUGGUGGGCCGCCUGGGCGAUCCACCUUAUUGAGGCCUACGUUGCAUUGAGGAUGUGCAGUAACAAAGGCAUCAGCGACACAGCCACUUGCUGCAUGUGGUUUGUUCAGACCUUCCUGUUCGGCUUCGCCUCCCUCGGCCUACUCCUCAAGUACGACCCAGAGCGCCCCAAACAGCACUGAUUCUGGCGGGAGAGGGACACAAAACAACACUAAACAAGCUUAAUCCUU